CGAAGCUUGCUGAAAGUGAAAGUGCCGCCGCCACCACCCCUGCCGCCGCUAUUAGCCCCCUCCCCCUCCUCCUCGACUUUGGCUUGGCUGGGGUUCACCUUCAAGCGCUCGCCUGGCGGAGCGAGACUCGGGCGCCGAGCAGAGAUCCCACCCCGCAGGAGAGCGCAGCAUGAACGGCGGGGUGGACUAUCUGCUGUCGGAAGAAGUGAUCCAUCUGACCCGAGGACCUUCAGGCUUGGGAUUUAAUAUAGUUGGCGGGACUGACCAGCAGUAUAUCCCCAAUGACAGUGGCAUCUACGUUAGCCGGAUCAAAGAAAAUGGAGCUGCUGCACUUGAUGGUCGCCUUCAGGAAGGAGACAAGAUUUUAGCAGUUAAUGAUCAGGAGUUGAAGAACAUGCUACACAAGAAAGUUGUGGAACUUUUCAGGACAGCUGGUGAUAAUGUAUCAUUAAAAGUUCAGCACAGGCUGCUGCCCCAGAAUGGUCCCUCAAGCCACCGAGGAGAUGGAGAUCCAGGAGGCAUUCCUUUGGCUAUGAUUUUGGUCCCAGGGCUGGCCGUAGCAGCAGCAGCAGCUCUAUUAUGGGCCUUCCUUAGAUAUCGACAGCGGGUGUGAUGAGCAUCAUUUCCCAAAGAUCUUGGUGUCUAGGAAAACCUAUGUAUCUGUAAAAUAAUUCAAACAGAAGAAAUCAGACAUUUCACUCUGGACUGACACAGGGAGAGGAGUAAUAGAGAAUCAUUGCUCACUGCAGCCUUCCCCAACAUGGUGCCUUUCAGAUGGUGUUGGAUUGCAACUCCCAUUAUUUCCAAUCUGGUGGGUAUCACUUUGGGAAAGGCUGGAGAACACUAAACAUUUUGGCUGCCUUUAGGGAAGUUUCAAAUUUCAUACACUUAGAAUCUGAAAACUGAUGAGCUGGACAAUCUGACUUCACUGGCCCUGGAGAAAAUUGAUCCGGUCUUUUCGGAUCUAUUCUUUUUAUCAUGUGAGUUUUCCUGCGCUCAACAUUUUUUUUUUCCACAUGUAGCUAAGCAACAGGGCACAGGUUGUAUUUUUAUGUCCCCCCCCAACAGAUGAGUUAAGAGAACUAUCCUUUUGGCCACUUGCGAAACUGCUUCUGAAACAUGAAGGAAACUUCCAGAACAAUUGCAGCUUAGUUAUGCUUUGAUGUGGGGAGGGUUGAGUCUCAGGUGAAGUGAAGUGACCUUGAAAAUGCAAGAAAGCAGGUUUGCCUGAUCAGGAGUAUUGUGGAUUACGGAUGCAGAAUCUAGUGUAAAAGUGAAAAAGGUAUUGGGUGUUGUUGUUUUUUAAAUGCAGAUUUAUCUUUGUUCUUUAUGUUUUCUCAGAAGAAUAUUGUCCAUAAUAAUGAGAGAUGAAAGUGAUAAGGAGCACAUCUUUAGUUAACAACUAAAAUAUUUUUGGCAGGGCAGGCUAAACAUCAUGUAAAUUAUGGCUAAAUGUAAUUGUAUUUUUGUAGUGCUUCUCUAGCUGAAAACAUUCCCUCCAACGAAACAUUUCCUCCAACCUAAGCAUGGAAAGAUGAUGCAUUGUUCCUUUCUAUUCUCUAAGAAUAAGACAGUUUCGAGUAUUGUGUACACUUGAUGGUUUAUUUUGAACGAUGGGGAAGAAUGCAUUGCUUUUAUCUGUGGGUUGCAAGCUGUAACUGGGAAGUAGACCCUUGCAGAGUUUCCUUCCACACAACUUGUUUCAGAUUGGAUAGUCAAACAUAUUCUUUUCUUAAAUUGCUAAAGUGCCAGAUAGCUCUUUCCAGUAAAAAGCAAUAUAUGUUCAUGAUAGCUUUUUUGGGGGGAGAGUGUGUGAACUACACCAAUGGAAUUCUCUAGCCAUGCAACAAGGCAGCAUUGUUUAUAGAAGCAAAAGUCUGUGAAACGAUGACAAGGUACUUGAAAGAAAAGCUACAAUGCCUUCACUUUCUAGGUGGCAAACCUUUAUAUGCUGACUGUAUCACAGAGUUGGAUGAUUUAAACUCCUUAAAGUAUCACUGAUUUUAUUCUGAAAUGGAAUCUGUUUUUGUAUCUUGCAAAGGAAAAUCGACGUAUGAGAAACGCAUAAUGCCAAAAAAAUGUAUGUGCAGUACCUCUUGAAA